UGCUGGAGACCGGAGAGCUGAGGGAGAGCGGGAGGUGUGGAUAGAGGCGCUAAGAAACGUCAUAAAGAGAGAAAGACAGGGCUGCGACGCCGGCGUUCCCUAUCCGAGUGAGAGGACGGUCUUUUUUUUUUUUUUUUUUUUUUUUUUGCCGGCUGUCACGAAGACAGUCGGGCUCCGCUGCCGCUGCCAACCAGCGACGCCUGGCUUCACCCAUCUCCAGCCCAGCCGCUCAACGUUCCCGGGCUGCUUUCAGCACAUAUUAACACUGCCAAUUAGGGAACUGGUGAAGAAGCUGGAGUCUGGACCAAAGGAGCCCAUAAGAAAUGUCAUUGCUGUGUGUUGGAGUAAAGAAAGGCAAGCUCGAUGGACCCCAAGAGAAAUUUAACACAUACGUGACCUUGAAGGUGCAAAAUGUUAAGAGCACCACCAUCGCUGUGCGUGGCAGUCAACCAUGCUGGGAACAGGACUUCAUGUUCGAAAUAAACCGUCAGGGGCUGGGCCUCACAGUGGAGGUCUGGAACAAAGGACUGAUCUGGGACACCAUGGUGGGAACUGUAUGGAUCCCCCUUCAAAACAUACGACAGUCCAAUGAGGAGGGUCCGGGUCAGUGGCUGACCCUGGACUCGAAUGUGAUCAUGGCUGAGAAUGAAAUCUGUGGAACCAAAGACCCGACCUUUCACAGGCUGCUGCUUGACACUCGCUUUGAACUGCCAUUAGACAUUCCAGAAGAGGAGGCCAGAUACUGGGCUAAGAAACUCGAACAACUUAAUGCAAUGAGAGAUCAAGAUUAUGCCUACCAAGAAGAACAAGAGCAAUCACUCCAUGCCCCCUCCACACAGUGCUGUAAUUGGAGCCUCUGGGGAGACCAGCAGAACGAGGACCCAGACAGUGCCGUUGAUGACAGGGACAGUGACUACCGCAGCGAGACCAGUAACAGCAUCCCGCCUCCCUUCUACACCACCUCCCAGCCCAAUGCUUCCAUGCACCAGUACCCAAUGCGGCAUCAACACUACAGGCACUCCUUCAGCGAUGACAUCCAUGAGCUGGACUACGAUCACAGAACCAUGAGACGCUAUGAUAGUUUAGACUCUGCCACCAACGGGCGCAGCGAUAUCGACUCAGGCUCAGGGUCGAGCCGGCGCACCAGUCGUCAGUAUUCUCUAGACAGUAGGCACUCUCUGUCCGAUAGUCCCACAGACAGCCGCUAUGCCUCAUCAGCGGAGCUGAGCAGAGGAAGCUCUCAGCUUAGUGAGGAGUUUCCUCCAGAGGACGGUGAAAGUUUUCAAGGUUCAGAGUUCUACGAUGAAAACGACUCGUACCACUCCUGCCAUUCCUCCGUCAGCUAUGGCAAAGAAGACUCCCCGGGUUGGGAUGGGGAAGACCACCAAGGGGUCUACAGUGAUGAGGGAGGCUAUCUCAAAGAUGGAGGGGAAGAGGGUGCACUGUAUGAUGAAGAGGAAGGUGACAUUUACGCAGAGGAAGGGCAGUAUAACUAUCAAGAUGAGGAAGAGAUGCACUACAGAGAUGAAGACAUGUAUCCACUGGGUGACAAACAAAGCCAAGACAAGGAGCCGACCUACACUCCGUCAGUGCCAUCAGGCUCUGCAUCCACCUUGAUGCCACCAUCUGAUGGCCUGUCUUCCUCCAGGCCACCUUUGGAGAAGCAAGCAUCUUUGCAUCAACAGAGGCUUGCCCAGGAUCAGACCCAGUCGCCCAGUGCAGCUCUUGAACUACCUCCAGUCUCACAGGACAGCGUGUUGCCCUCUGAUACUACAGAUUCCAUCAAGCCUUCCUUUGCUCCAUCACAGCAACAGAUGUCUGUCACAACAUCCACCCCAACCAUCCCAACCCAGGUUCCACCUCAGGACACCAAGUCCCUGGAGCCAGAACCCAAAGCUGAAACCCCUCAGGAGGACGAUUAUCCUCUUGAUCAGCCCCCAGCAGUAGAAACUGUGCAGCCUGCUCCUGAGGAGAAAACAGAAGAAGUUCCUGUUCCAAGCUUCCCAAAGAGAGAAAUCAUGGAGCCAGGUCCUGCUAGAGCCAAAGCUAACUGGCUUCGCCUUUUCAGUAGAGUACGACUGCAGCUACAAGAGGCACGAGGAGAGCAUGUUGGGAUUGCCUCAUUGCUUUUGUCUGCAGGCAUGGGUGGUGCUCUGUACAGCAUUGACAGCAUGCCAGACCUUAGAAAGAGGAAAGCAAUGCCUCUGGUCAGAGAUCUGGCAAUGUCUUUGGUCCAGAACUCUAGGAAGGCUGGCAUUACCUCAGCCCUAACAUCCAGCACCCUGCAUAACGAAGAACUGAAGAGUCAUGUCUACAAGAAGACCCUUCAGGCGCUCAUAUACCCAAUCUCUUGCACCACCCCACACAAUUUCGAGGUGUGGACAGCCACCACUCCAACUUACUGCUACGAGUGUGAAGGACUGCUGUGGGGUAUUGCUCGCCAAGGCAUGCGCUGCACUGAGUGUGGAGUCAAAUGCCAUGAGAAGUGCCAGGACCUGCUCAAUGCUGACUGUCUACAAAGAGCUGCAGAGAAGAGCUCCAAGCAUGGUGCAGAGGACAGAACCCAGAACAUCAUCAUGGUUCUUAAAGACCGCAUGAAGAUCCGUGAGAGGAACAAACCAGAGAUCUUUGAACUCAUCCAGGAAGUGUUUGCUGUCAUCAAGUCCACCCAUGUCACUCAAAUGAAGCAGAUCAAGCAGAGUGUGCUCGACGGCACCUCCAAAUGGUCAGCCAAGAUCUGCAUCACAGUGUUGUGUGCUCAGGGUCUCCAAGCAAAGGAUAAAACUGGUUCUAGUGAUCCCUAUGUAACUGUCCAGGUGGGGAAGACCAAGAAGAGGACCAAAACUAUCUAUGGCAACCUCAACCCUGUCUGGGAGGAAACAUUUAAUUUUGAAUGUCACAACUCCUCAGACCGCAUCAAGGUGCGAGUCUGGGAUGAAGAUGAUGACAUUAAGUCUCGGGUGAAGCAAAAGUUCAAGCGAGAGUCGGACGACUUCCUCGGUCAAACUAUCAUUGAAGUCCGCACUCUGAGUGGAGAGAUGGACGUCUGGUAUAAUCUUGACAAACGUACGGACAAAUCAGCUGUGUCUGGGGCUAUCCGAAUGCGCAUUAAUGUGGAAAUUAAAGGAGAAGAGACAGUCGCUCCAUAUCACGUACAGUACACCUGUCUGCAUGAGAAUCUCUUUCAUUAUGUAACAGAUAUCCAGAAUAAUGGUGUGGUGAAGAUCCCUGAUGCAAAAGGGGAUGAUGCUUGGAAAGUUUAUUUUGAGGAAACUCCCCAAGAAAUAGUAGACGAGUUUGCCAUGCGUUACGGAGUGGAGUCCAUCUACCAAGCCAUGACUCACUUUGCCUGCUUGUCAUCCAAGUACAUGUGCCCAGGUGUGCCUGCAGUCAUGAGCACCCUGCUGGCCAACAUCAACGCCUACUACGCCCACACCACCCAGGCAACCAACAACGUUUCUGCUUCUGACCGAUUUGCUGCUUCAAACUUUGGAAAAGAGCGAUUUGUCAAGCUUCUAGAUCAGCUGCACAACUCUCUAAGGAUAGACCUCUCCAUGUAUCGAAAUAACUUCCCGGCCAGCAGCCCUGAGAGGCUACAGGAUCUCAAAUCCACAGUUGACCUCCUCACCAGUAUUACCUUCUUCAGAAUGAAGGUUCAGGAGCUCCAGUCCCCACCCAGGGCCAGUCAGGUUGUAAAGGAUUGUGUGAAAGCCUGCCUCAACUCCACCUACGAGUACAUCUUUAACAACUGUCACGAACUCUACAGCCGCGAGUACCAAACAGACCCGGCCAAGCAGGGCGCUGUGCCUCCUGAGGAGCAGGGACCCAGUAUAAAGAACCUGGACUUCUGGUCCAAACUCAUCACACUUAUUGUUUCCAUCAUUGAGGAGGACAAAAACUCUUACACUCCCUGCUUAAACCAAUUUCCCCAGGAGCUCAACGUUGGAAAAAUAAGUGCCGAAGUAAUGUGGAAUCUGUUUGCUCAGGAUAUGAAGUAUGCAAUGGAAGAACAUGAGAAAAACCGCUUGUGUAAGAGUGCCGAUUACAUGAACCUGCACUUUAAGGUUAAAUGGCUGUACAACGAGUACUGCAAAGACCUUCCCUUCUUCAAGAGCCGAGUGCCUGAAUACCCUGCGUGGUUUGAGCCGUUCGUCAUCCAGUGGCUGGAUGAAAAUGAGGAAGUCUCUCGUGACUUUUUGCACGGGGCUUUGGAGAGAGACAAAAAAGAUGGGUUCCAGGUCACAUCAGAACAUGCUCUCUUCUCUUGUUCGGUGGUGGAUGUGUUCUCCCAGCUCAACCAGAGCUUUGAGAUCAUCAGAAAGUUAGAGUGUCCAGAUCCACAAAUCGUAGGACAUUACAUGAAGCGAUUUGCCAAGACCAUCAGCAAUGUUCUUCUGUCCUAUGCUGAUAUCAUUUCCAAGUUGUUUGCCAACUAUGUUACCAUGGAGAAAGUGCCCUGCAUUCUGAUCAACAACAUCCAACAACUGAGAGUUCAGUUGGAGAAAAUGUUCGAAGCCAUGGGUGGAAAAGACCUGUGUGUGGAGGCCAGUGAUAUCCUGAAAGAUCUGCAAGUGAAGCUCAACAAUGUCAUGGAUGAUCUGAGCAGAGUCUUUGCCGUCAGUUUCCAGCCUCACAUUGAAGAAAAUGUGAAGCAGAUGGGCGACAUUUUGGCUCAGGUGAAAGGGACGUCGAAUGUAGGGAACGCCAGCAGUGUGGCCCAGGACGCUGACAACGUGUUGCAGCCAAUCAUGGAGUUCCUGGACAGCAACCUCUCUCUGUUUGCUAAGAUUUGUGAGAAGACUGUCCUAAAACGUGUGUUGAAGGAGCUGUGGAAGCUGGUAAUGAACACCAUGGAGAAAACCAUUGUUCUGCCUCCACUCACAGACCAAACGAUGAUUGGGAGGCUGAAGAGUGCUUCUCACAGUGAUGGCACUCAGCUCAUCUUCAACGCUGCCAAGGAGCUCGGACAGCUGUCUAAAUUGAAGGAGCACAUGGUGCGUGAAGAGGCCAAAGCACUAUCACCCAAGCAGUGUGCCGUGAUCGAGCUGGCUCUGGACACCAUCAAGCAAUACUUCCAUGCUGGUGGUGUGGGUCUGAAGAAAACUUUCCUGGAAAAAAGUCCUGACCUCCAGUCUCUCCACUACGCCCUGUCCCUCUACACUCAGGCCACUGACAAACUCAUUAAGACUUUUGUCCAGUCGCAAAAUGCCCAAGUGUUCGGCGGGAAGGGGGUGAGAUUCACCACUAGUGAGGAUGUUUACCCAGAAAAGGGCACCGGAGUGGACAACGCUGUGGGCGAAGUGUCCAUCCAUGUGGAGGUUUUCACUCAUCCAAACACUGGCGAACAUAAAGUCACAGUGAAAGUGGUGGCUGCCAACGACCUGAGGUGGCAGACGCAGGGAAUAUUCCGCCCGUUCGUGGAGGUCUACAUCAUCGGUCCCCACCUGAGCGACAAGAAGAGGAAGUACGCCACCAAGUCGAAGAACAACAGCUGGGCUCCUAAAUACAAUGAAACCUUCACUUUCACACUGAGCAACGAGGUGGGCCCGGAGUGCUACGAGCUGCAGGUGUGUGUGAAGGACUACUGCUUCGCCCGAGAGGACCGCACCGUGGGCAUGGCCGUCCUGCAGCUCAAGGAUAUGGCCUCUAAGGGCAGCGCCGCCUGCUGGCUGCCGCUGGGUAAGCGCAUCCACAUGGACGAGACAGGCCUCACCGUCCUGCGCAUCCUCUCCCAGCGCAACAACGACGAUGUGGCCAAAGAGUUUGUCAAGCUCAAGUCCGACCAGCGCUCUACAGAGGAGGGCCGUGGUUAAAAAAAAAAAAAAAAAGAUGAAAAUGUCAAAGUGGGGCUUAAAACGCCAUGUCUGGAGCUCAGUCAGACAGCCACGGCCCUGCGGCUCUCCUGAGUCACCGCAAGUCACUGCCAGGGUAAUCCAGAGUUGUAAAAGCACAGAUAAGACAGGAGGCACCACACACUCAGUACUGUAAAUAUUUUUAUUCCAGUGACAAAGACGUAAAGCAAAGACGACCAUCACCAAGUCCACCAGUGUCUUUAUUGUUGCUGAUGUGUUUUAAUCACCCUUUCUGAUUAGCGAUUCAGUUUCCAGAUUUGUCGUGGAGAAACACACACACUUACUUGAGUGAUCAGGUGGAGAAUUAUCUUGUAGCCUCUAAAUAUUUUUAGCCUUCUUUCUCACUUUCUUUUUUUUUUUUUAAGUUUCUGCCCUGUCAUCCCUUCCCUGGUGUGUGCCCGCUCAGAGAAGGGACCGCAAGUGCCAGCAAAUAAUUACUGAAAUAUGCCAAGACCAUUCCCAAGCACAACAGGACCGACCGUCCAGCCGACACACAACGCAAACAGGCUCAGAACAUUCCAGAUAUCAGAAACAAAGCACUCUUAGUUUAUCACUCAUUUAUUACUUUCUUAUUCUAGAUCUAUAUUUAUAUUUAAAUAAGUCUAUAUAUGAGCAUACAUAUAUAAAAAUAUAUAAAGGGAAAUAUAUAAACUUACAGGAUUGUUGGAUGGAGGUCAUCGUAAUCUGUCUUUCUGAGCGUCUACCCUGUAACAGAGCACUGCCUGACACCCUCAAAGCCUUCUGUCCUGUUGACCCUCGUCCUCUGUCUGCGUCCUGCGUGGGACCGCAUGGAGAGAGAGAAAUCUGAUGAAAGCACACAUCUGAG